AUGCCGCUUCCGACGAAAUCAAUGAAGCCACUACAUGAAACCGGCAGAGACUCCGAGGAAUCGUCGACUCCUUCCAAUAACCUAUGGGUUGGAAAUCUAGCGUCUGACGUUUCCGAUUCCGAUCUGAUGAACCUUUUCGCUCAAUACGGCGCACUCGAUAGCGUCACCUCUUAUUCCGCUCGCAGUUAUGCUUUCGUGUUCUUCAAACGCGUUGAAGAUGCAAAAGCCGCUAAAAACGCGCUUCAAGGCUUCCAUUUUCGUGGCAAUUCAUUGAAAAUUGAGUUUGCUAGACCGGCAAAGCCAUGUAAACAGCUUUGGGUGGGUGGCAUUAGCCAAGCUGUUACAAAGGAAGACUUAGAAGCUGACUUUCGUAAAUUUGGUAAAAUUGAGGAAUACAAGUUCCUCAGAGACAAAAAUACUGCAUGUGUUGAAUUUUUCAAUCUGGAUGAUGCUAUUCAGGCAAUGAAAAUCAUGAAUGGAAAACGUAUUGGUGGGGAAAAUAUUCGUGUUGACUUCCUCCGUUCAAAUUCUACAAAAAAAGAUCAGUUUCUUGAUUAUGGGCAAUUCCAAGGAAAAAGCUUGGGGCAUACUGAUUUCUAUUCUGGACAAAAAAGGUCACUGAAUUCACAACCUCAAAUAGGGAGGAAGGGUGAUGGUCAACCCAGUAACAUUUUGUGGAUCGGUUAUCCUCCCAAUGUUCAGAUUGAUGAGCAAAUGCUCCACAAUGCCAUGAUUCUAUUUGGUGAAAUUGAGAGAAUUAGGAGUUUUCCUUCAAGGCAUUAUUCAUUUGUUGAAUUUAGAAGUGUUGAUGAAGCCCGACGUGCAAAAGAGGGCCUUCAAGGACGCCUUUUCAAUGAUCCUCGCAUAACAAUCAAUUAUUCAAACGGUGACCAGGUACAUGGCAAAGAUUUCCCUGGCUUCUAUCCUGGUAGUAAUGGCCCAAGACCUGAUUUAUACCUAAACGAGCAUCCAUAUGGACCGUUACAAAUGGAUUUAUUCGGUCAUAACCGUCCUAUGGCUCCAAAUAAUUUUCCUGGACAUUUGCCAACUGGUGGUAUUGUUGGUCCAAACAUGCCAAUGCGGCCUUUUGGUCCUCAAGGUGGUCCUGGAUCUGUUGUUUCUGGCCCUGAUUUUCAGGAUAGUAGCUUGACAAAUAAGAUAAACUGGAAAAGGCCAUCUCCUCCUGCACCAGGGUUGCUUUCUUCUCCUGCAACUGGUUCUAGGCUUCCUGCAAGAUCAGUCUCUGGUGCUUGGGAUGUACUUGACGUGAACAACAUUUCAAGAGAUUCAAAGCGGUCUAGGCUAGAUGGUACAUUACCUAAUGAUGAUGCUCCAUAUGCUGACAUUCAUGGACGGGGUAUUCUUGGUCCAGGAAGCACGAGGAUAACAGGUGGAGUACAUGCUUCUGUCCAACCUGGUGAUAUGGAUCAUAUAUGGCGUGGGCUUAUUGCAAAAGGAGGAUCUCCUGUUUGUCAUGCUAGAUGCAUCCCUAUAGGGAAAGGGAUAGGGACAGAGCUUCCGGAAGUUGUUGAUUGCUCAGCUAGGACGGGAUUGGAUGUACUCGCAAAGCACUAUGCUGAUGCAAUUGACUUUGAAAUUGUUUUCUUUCUGCCUGAUAGCGAAGAUGAUUUUUCAGCAUACACUGAAUUCUUACGCUACCUCGGUGCAAAAAAUCGUGCUGGUGUUGCUAAAUUUGGCAAUACAACUUUAUUCUUGGUACCUCCUUCUGAUUUCCUGACAAAAGUUUUGAAAGUCAAUGGACCUGAGCGUUUAUAUGGCGUUGUUCUCAAGUUUGCACCAAUACCAAGUGGUGUGCCCAUGCACCACUCUUCACAAAUGCCUGCACCAUCGCCAAAUCAAUAUAUGCAGCAGUUUCCUCCUUCACAGGCUGAAUAUGAUAUGAAUCCUGCAAAGGACGAUCAGGUUUUGCCAAUAGAAUACAACAGAAUGUUGCAUGAAGAUUCUAAGCUUCCUGCUAAGCAAGUAUAUCCACUUAUAGGUGGGCCUUCAGUUCAAUCCGCAGCUCCAGAUUAUGCUCCAAAUACUGCUUCUGGGUCUCGAGCUGGAGUCGCAUUAACACCAGAGCUUAUUGCAACUUUAGCUUCUUUUCUUCCAACAAAUGCGCAGUCGUCUGCUACUGAUGGUGCCAAGUCGGCUGUAGGCUCCUCGACUGUAAGGCCUCCAUUUCCUCCUGUGGCACCUAAUGAUGGAAACCAAUCUCAAUUAUGGAAACAGGAUCAUCAAAUUGCAGAUCAAUCCCUUCAUCCGUCUCAGCAGUUUAGGAAUAUGUAUAACAAUCACAAUGCUCAUUUUCAGCCUUAUCCGCCAGCAUCAGUUCCUGGUCACACUUCUCAAGUGCUCUCUGGAAGUUCUCAUACUCAAGACAAUGCUCUUAGCCAGCAACAGCAAGGAGUUGUUUCAUCUAGACACAUGUCGAAUCUUGUGACACCUUGUCAAAGUGGACAGGUACCAGCAUCCCCCCAUUUCAGUCAUCAGUAUCAGGCUGAGGUUCCCCCCAACUCUCAGAAAGGCUUUGGUAUGGUGCCGGGAAGUGAUGCCUCUGUUUUAUACAAUUCUCAGGCUUUCCAACAACCUAAUAAUAACCCCCAGCCUUUCCAGCAACCCAAUAAUUCUAUUGCUUUAUCUAGUCAAGCUAGCAGUACAAAUCCUCAGCAUCAACCUGUCAUGCAAUAUACAGCAGACCAAAUGAACUCUAACCCUCCCAUUCAGCAACAUCCUGCCUUUGGAGUUAGUCAAGGCACCCCAGAUUUGGAGGCUGAUAAGAACCAGAGAUACCAGUCAACAUUACAGUUUGCUGCCAAUCUUCUACUCCAAAUACAGCAGCAGCAGCAAACACAAGGAGAACAUGGGCCAGGAAUUCAACAAUGA